CUAGCAUCUAGCCACCCCACCUCAUCUAGAACCGGCCAGAAGGAGGGAUAUAGAAGCGAAGUGAGCGGGAAGUUGCGGCGCGCCAGUGGAUAGAGCGAGAAAAAGUUUUUGCAAAAGGAAAAAAAAGUUUGCGCUUCUCGCGGGUGGUCCCGGCUCUCAGCCCUGCCGGCUGGGCCGGCGCGAGGGCUGGGGGCCAGGUUGGGGGGGGUGGGGAGGCAUUGAAGCUGCGUUGCCCUGGCCCUGUCGCCCCCCCCCUCGCGGCCGACCCCCCGCCCCAGACCAGUUUCCAGUCCUGGACCAAGCAUCCCGAGUCCUGCGCCUCGACGGAGUCUGUGUCUGUCUCGGCUCUCUUUGUCUCCGCCUCUCCCACAUAUUAGAAACAUCUUCCUUUCAUGAAGUUGGGAUGAAGAGGCUGUUGGGACGGCCGGUUGGAGGUCUGCGUGGUAGAGAGGGGAACUCCAGUGUUCCCACAUCCUCCUCUGAGAAACCAUGUUCAACUCAGUGACCCCACCACCAGUCAGUAACUAUGGUGACCCGUGCUGUCUCCGUUCCCUCCCCAGCCAAGGGGUCCCCAACAUGGGGACAGAAGGGCUGUCUGGCUUGCCCUUUUGCCAUCAAGCCAAUUUCAUGUCGGGUCCCCAAGGUUAUGAGUCUACCAGAGAGACCAACAGCAGCACUGAGGGGCCAUUAUUUCCUCCUCCCCGGAGUGUAGUCAAGUUGGCCAAGAAGCGGGCACUUUCCAUCUCACCUCUCUCAGAUGCCAGCCUGGACCUGCAGACAGUUAUCCGAACCUCACCCAGCUCCCUCGUGGCCUUCAUCAACUCACGCUGCACAUCUCCAGGAGGUUCCUAUGGCCAUCUCUCCAUUGGCACCAUGAGCCCAUCACUAGGAUUCCCAUCCCAGAUGAAUCACCAAAAAGGGACCUCACCUUCCUUCGGGGUCCAGCCCUGUGUUCCACAUGACUCCACUCGGGGUGGAAUGAUGCUGCAUCCGCAGUCCCGAGGACCACACCCAACCUGCCAGAAGCUGAAGUCAGAGCUGGACCUGCUGGUUGGCAAGUGCCCAGAGGAGCCUUUGGAAGGUGACAUGUCUAGCCCCAACUCCACAGGCACACAGGAUCCCCUGCUGGGGAUGCUGGAUGGGAGAGAGGACUUGGAGAGAGAGGAAAAGCCUGAGCCUGAGUCUGUGUAUGAGACUGACUGCCGAUGGGAUGGCUGCAGCCAGGAGUUUGACUCCCAGGAGCAGCUGGUCCACCACAUCAACAGUGAGCAUAUCCAUGGGGAACGGAAGGAGUUCGUGUGCCAUUGGGGGGGCUGCUCCAGGGAGCUGAGGCCCUUCAAAGCCCAGUACAUGUUGGUGGUGCACAUGCGCAGACACACGGGCGAGAAACCACACAAGUGCACGUUUGAAGGGUGUCGGAAAUCAUACUCACGACUUGAAAACCUGAAGACGCAUCUUCGGUCACACACGGGUGAGAAACCUUACAUGUGUGAGCACGAGGGCUGCAGCAAAGCCUUCAGCAACGCCAGCGACCGCGCCAAGCAUCAGAAUCGAACCCACUCUAAUGAGAAGCCCUAUGUGUGCAAGCUCCCUGGCUGUACCAAGCGCUAUACAGACCCCAGCUCACUCCGAAAACAUGUCAAGACGGUACAUGGUCCUGAUGCUCAUGUGACCAAGCGGCAUCGAGGGGAUGGCCCCUUGCCACGGGCACCAUCCCUUUCCACAGUGGAGCCCAAGCGAGAAAGAGAAGGAGGGCCCAUCAGGGAAGAGAGCAGACUGGCUGUGCCCGAGGGUGCCAUGAAGCCACAGCCAAGCCCUGGAGCACAGUCUUCCUGUAGCAGUGACCACUCUCCGGCAGGCAGUGCAGCCAAUACUGACAGCGGAGUGGAAAUGACUGGCAAUGCGGGGGGCAGCACCGAGGACCUGUCCAGCUUGGACGAAGGGCCUUGUGUUGCUAGCACUGGACUCUCUACUCUUCGCCGCCUUGAGAACCUCAGGCUGGACCAGCUGCAUCAACUCCGGCCAACAGGUCCCCGGGGUCUCAAACUGCCCAGCUUGACCCAUACUGUCACACCUGUGUCACGCCGUCUGGGCCCCCCAGUCUCCCUUGACCGUCGCAGCAGCAGCUCCAGCAGCAUUAGUUCUGCUUAUACUGUCAGCCGCCGCUCCUCCCUGGCCUCCCCUUUCCCUCCUGGAUCCCCACCAGAGAAUGGAGCACCCUCCCUGCCUGGCCUCAUGCCUGCCCAGCAUUACAUGCUCCGGGCAAGAUCCGUUUCAGCCAGGGGGAGUGGUACUCCACCCACUACAGCACCCAGCCUGGACCGAAUGGGGGGUCUUCCUGCACCACCUUGGAGAAACCGAGCUGAAUAUCCAGGAUACAACCCCAAUGUAGGGGUCACCCGGAGGGCCAGUGACCCAGCCCGGGCUGCUGACCGCCCUGCUCCAGCCAGAGUCCAGCGGUUCAAGAGCUUGGGCUGUGUCCACACAACCCCUAGUGUGGCAACAGGAGGACAGAACUUUGAUCCCCACCUCCCAACCUCUGUCUAUUCACCACAGCCUCCCAGCAUCACUGAGAACAUUGCCAUGGAUAAUAGAGAGCUUCGGGAGGAGCCAGAGGUUGGAACUUCCAUGAUGGGCAGUGGUUUGAACCCAUACAUGGACUUUUCAUCUGCUGAUACUCUGGGAUAUGGGGGACCUGAGGGGACAGCAGCUGGGCCUUAUGGAGCUAGUGGUCCAGGUUCCCUGCCUCUUGGGCCUGGUCCACCUAUAAAUUUUGGCUCUGGCCCCUGUCCUCAGCAGGUCUCCUAUCCUGACCCCACCCCAGAAACAUGGGGUGAGUUCCCUUCCCACUCUGGGAUGUACCCAGGCACUAAGGUUCCAGGUGGAGCCUAUAGCCAGUGUCCUCAACUUGAACAUUAUGGACAAGUGCAGGUGAAGCCAGAACAAGGGUGCCCAGUAGAGUCUCACUCCACUAGACUGGCACCCUGCCUCAAUGCUCACCCCAGUGAGGGGCCUCCAUGCUUGCAACCUCCAUUCUCUCACUAUCCCCAACCUCCUCCUCCCCAGUAUCCCCAGUCAAGUCCCUAUCCCCAGCCUCCUUCUAGUUACCUUUCUUCAGAGCCCAGGCCUGGCCUGGAUUUUGAGUCCCCCUCUCAUUCCACAGGACAGCUCAAAGCUCAGCUUAUGUGUAAUUAUGUUCAGUCUCAACAGGAAUUGCUGUGGGAGGGCAGAGGCCAGGAAGGGCCCCCCAUCCAAGAACCUCCUUAUGAAGGCCCCAAGUUUCUUGGGGGUUCCCAGGUUAAUCCAAGUCCUACCAAAGCCCCAAUGGCUACGUAUGGACCUGGCUUUGCACCUACCUUGCCCAAUCAUAAAUCAGGCUCCUAUCCCACCCCUUCACCAUGUCAUGAAACUUUUGCAUUGGGGAUAAACAGGCCUUCCCAUAGGGCAGAAGCGCCACCUCGGCUUCUGCCUCCAUUACCCCCUUGCUAUGGGCCCCUCAAGGUGGGGGGUGCCAAUCCCAGCUGUGGCCACCCUGAAGUAGGCAGGCUAGGAGCAGGUCCUGCCUUGUACCCUCCUCCUGAAGGGCAGGUGUGUAACCCUCUGGACUCUCUUGAUCUAGACAACACUCAGCUGGACUUUGUGGCUAUUCUGGAUGAGGCCCAGGGGCUGAGUCCUUCCCAUGAGCAAGGGGACAGCUCUGAACAUACCCCACCUUCCUCUGGGCCCCCCAACAUGGCUGUGGGUAACAUGAGUGUCUUACUGGGAUCUUUACCUGGAGAGACACAAUUCCUCAACUCUAGUGCCUAAGAGGACACCAAGGUCCAAUCAGAUCAU